AUCUUAAAUGUUGCCGGUGAUCAGGGUGGUGGAGUGCGAAGACCUUGAGCCUCCGUGUGAAUCCUCUUCGGAUGCGUAUCUACUGCCGGUGUCUUGUAAGAGGCGCCACGGCAAACCUAACGUCGGUCAUGGACCGUCUGCGUUCGACGUUCAAACGGUCGCGGACGCCGACGGGCGCCGAGAUGAAGACGCAGAACAGUCUGGAAGUGCCCAAACAGGUGCGGUCGGUGUCGUUCGACGAGAUCAAGUUAGGGUGCUCCAAGCGGGACGAUGACGCGCGCAAGAUCGAGCGCCGGGGCGGCGGCGGUCACGCGGCGUCCACGUCGUCGUUGCGUGCCCGCCGGCGGCUCGGACAGCGGUCCGGAGCUUCGUCGUCAGCCGCCGCGGCCAGCGCAGGCGGCGACCGGACGACGGGCGUCUACCGGGUAGUCGAGCACCAGCUGUUCCACCGGCGGCGGUCGUCCGAGGUGCCGGCAGCCGCGUCUUGCGUCCACUGCGCCUAUCUGGAGGAGCUGUCCAAGAUGAACAGGUCGUCGUCCGGCGAAGAGAACCAUAGUCAGAGAUCGUUAGCGUCAACGUCGGCCAGCGAGGACAUGGAUGACGAGGACGACCGUAGUUGUCAGAUUACUGUCACCGUGGAGGCCGAUUUAUUGUCCGUAGAUGGCGGCGGCGGUCACGCGUUGUCGUCACCCGAGUCUCUGGCAGACGUAUGUGUCAAGAGCCAGCUUACGUUGGAGCUGACGCCACCGGAAGAGUACCUGCAAGGAAACCGGCGGCGGUCGAUCACGUCGCCGAAGUUGGAGCGACAGGAAGCGUUCGCGGUGAACGACUCGGCCGACCCAGCAGUGGUCCGCGACCUGUUCCUCACCGUACCAGAUCUGAAGCGCGACCGGGCCGCCAGCAUGGACUCGUGCUUCAUCAAUAAGCCCACGCCCGCCGGCAAACCGGAAGAAGUGGUGCCCGUGUCACCCACGCAGCUGCUGCUCGAUCCCAACUGCGGGCAGCCGGGCAGCAACAACAACAUCCGGUCCCGCUCGGUGGACAUCGUGUUGCCCACCGACCAGCAGGCCCGGUACAAGGCGCUGUCAACCAACAAUCAGACAUCGUCGCCGCCGUCCGCUGUGCCCGCACACAAGGUGCCGCCGGACAAGGGAGCCACUGGAACCGAUGGCAAUGAUAAACUCUUAAAGAUUGUACCCGAUUGGACAGAAGAAGCGGCUAACGAUGAUCACCUGUGGUCCGUAACGUCCCACAACGUUGACUUCUGCUACAUCGGUGAAUCCGAAUGCUCGAAACAUGGAGUCCGUCUGAAAUGUUCGGGUUGUCGGAUAAUCGUGCACUCGGAAUGUCUGGGUAAUCUACCGGAAGCAGCUAAGUGCAAGUCGAGCUUCAAGGAUGACGGCGUCCGACAAUACAGAGAACAUAAAACGGUCAAACACCAUUGGAUGCACAGGAGGACUCAAAAGGACAAAUGCUCGCAUUGCGGAAAGGCGUUCCAGUCGGUGUUAUCGUUCAGUUCCAAAGAAAUCAUAGCUCUUACAUGCUCUUGGUGCAAGCUCAGUGUUCACAAUAAAACCGCAUGUUUCAAUGAUACGAAAAUGAACGAACCCUGUUCCUUAGGUAAACAUAGUAAUAUAAUUGUCCCACCGUCGUGGAUCGUUAAGUUGCCACGGAAGGGAAACUUUAAGUCUAGUAUUAGAUCACCGAAAAAACGAUCGUCUAAGAAGAAAACGAAAGAUAAACCGGACAAAGAAGACAAGUUGUUCGUUAUCAAACCAAUACCGACGGUGAAUGUCAAACCUGUGAUAAUAUUUAUAAACCCAAAGUCUGGCGGCAACCAGGGUGUAAAGCUGCUGCAGAAAUUCCAGUGGCACCUGAAUCCCAGGCAGGUGUUCGAUCUCAGUAGGGGCGGUCCCAGAAUGGGCCUGGAACUGUACAAGAAGGUACCGAAUCUCCGGGUGUUGGCAUGCGGCGGUGACGGCACUGUCGGUUGGGUGUUGUCGAUCUUGGACCAAAUAGCAAACGCCGUAUCGUUUCCAGUGGGCGUGCUGCCAUUGGGCACGGGCAACGACCUGGCCAGGGCUCUCGGCUGGGGUGGCGGUUACAUGGAUGAACCCGUGUCGAAAAUAUUGACCAACUUGGAAGAAAGCGAAACAAUCCGGUUGGACCGCUGGAACUUGGAAGUAGUGCCCAAUGAACACGUCAAGGGAACGGACCACGCUGGGAAAGACAAUUUACCAUUAAAUGUGAUGAAUAAUUACUUCUCAUUGGGAGUGGACGCUCAAAUUGCGCUUGAAUUCCACGAAGCCAGAGAGGCCAACCCGGAAAAAUUUAGCUCACGAAUGUACAACAAACUGUUUUACGGCGUCAGAGGUGGUAUUGAGUUAUUGGAUCGAAAGUGGAAAGGAUUAUCGGAUCACGUGAUGUUGGAGUGUGACGGCAAAGAUCUGACGCAACGCAUAAAAGACUUGAAAGUGCAUGCCAUAUUGUUUUUAAACAUACCCAGCUAUGGGGGUGGCACACGACCGUGGAACAAGUCAGCUGGCAACAAUUCUACCGAUGACGGGCUCAUCGAAGUCAUCGGCUUAACAAUCAUGCAAAUAACGAGAUUGCAAACUGGAGGGACUGGGACACCACUGUGCCAAUGUAAAACUGCUCGCAUAACUACUAGUAUACCGGUGCCUAUGCAAGUGGAUGGUGAAGCUUGUCGUUUAAAACCGUCAGUGAUCACGCUAGGAUUCUUCAACCAGGCAACAAUGAUGUCGAAACGUCGGAAAGGCAGACAGACACCUACCCGUGAGACCACGAUAGACAAACAUAAAGUCUCUGUCCAAAGACUGAGGCUUCAAGAUUAUGAGCAACACCACUGUGACAAAGAGCUGCUCAUCCAGUCAUCGAUCAAUAUGGGUGAGAUAGAAGUGGAACCGGUCGCGGAUUUAGAAACUGUCCGUAAGUUAGUCGACAAGUUGGAGUUAAACAGCAGUCCAUCAAAAGACCACGCGGGCAACGCCAUGCCGAAAUUAUCACCCGACUGGUGUUUCGUCGACUGUUGUACGGCCGAACGGUUCUUCAGGAUCGACCGAGCCCAGGAAAGCCUUCACUAUCUCAUAGAUAUCACACACGAUCAACUUUUCGUGUUGGAUGAUCCACAUAGACCACUGUCCACCGAAGAAGAUGUGACCGUAGUACUAAAAUCUAAAGAAUCGGCCGACGACCAAGGAGCUCACGACACAACAACGAGCAUGCGUGUAAAGUCGGAGAUAAAUCGAUUGGAAAACAUCAAAACACAUUCUACGGUCAAAUGUCCACAAGACGAAGGCCAGACCAAUGGGACCAAUCAUUCCACAAGAGCUAGUGAAGUAUACAAUCGUCUAUUUGACCUACAAUCAAAUGAAGAUCAUCAUUACGGUCAAGUGCGAACUUCCGAUAAAAUAAUCGAAGCGGCUAAAACAGGGAACUUAAACAUGCUGAGAAAUCUAUUCGAAAUGGGUUACUCUCUGAUGUCCAUCAACAAGGAAGGGCAGACAGCUCUACAUGUGGCUAGUCAGCGUGGCGAUUCGAACCUGGUUCGAUACAUACUGGCUAAUGCGCCGUCCAAUAUCGUGUCUGUCAAAGACAAUCAAGAAGGGCAGACGGCGCUGCACGUGGCUGUCCAAAACGGUGAACGAAAGAUCUGUUACCUAUUGGUGUCGGCCGGGGCGCCGUUAUUGGCCGUCGACAGACAAGACCGGACGGCUCAACAGAUAGCCGAACAGACCAGAGACUACGAUCUCGCCAAAUACUUGGAAUGCCAAGCUCAGUUCGUAUCGUUUGCAGACCAAACGGAAACAUCAGUUUAGACUGCGGCUGCGUUUGAAUUAGUCAGCAAAACAAACAUAAAAUACUAUCACUAAAUUCUAUACAUUUUAAAUUUAUAUAACUAUUAUUAUUAUUAUUAUUAUUAUCAUUGUAAUUAUUAUUGUUAUUAAUUGAUCAUAUUUGUAUUCACUAUCCGUCGAUGCGCACGUCGUUUUUGAUAGUCUUGGCGAAAUCGAUAAGAAUAAGAAAAAAAUAUAAAAAGCACACUAUAAGUCAAUUAGAAAAAAAUCGUAUUUUACGCCGUCGUAUACGUUUUUCCCAUAUUCGCUCUCUAAACCCUCUUCGCAGACGUUGUAUACACCUCCUACAUAGAUAUAAUAUUAUACGCUCCUUUUCGACUGCGUUUAUCGCAUUACACGUUUGAACGAUUACUUUAUUUUUAUUUUUUUUCCAUUUAACGCUUUAGUGCAUUAUAUUCGUCGCAACGACUAAGUACACACGUCCCGCAAGUUUUCUUGAAACCGAAUUAUUACAUUUGGCGUGGUCACGCCCACGUCACUACACGAAAACUACAACGAAGAAAUGCGACGGAUCGUGACCAAAAAUAAUAAAAUGUACAGACGUACAUACAAUAAUGUAUUACACCCCGUUACGCGCAUUUUGCAACAAUAUACUAAUUACGCAUUUGGAAUCCCGUACGCAGAUCAGAUGGGCAAAAGAUGCAUGGAAAAAAAUUACUGAAUACAUCAUAAUAAUAUUAUCUACUGUAAACACAUCAAUGUUUUCAUUCUAAAGUCUAGGUAAACAAAAUAUACAAAGAAAAUUCAACGUUAAUUAGAAAAGACUAAAUUAAUUUUUUUUUUUUUUUUUAAAUAAUUAUUUUGGUAAGUAAAACCGUUAAACCGCAUUGCAUAUUAACUUGCUAGGUAUAACCUUUAAGUAUCUAAUUACAUUAGAUGUAAUAAAAUACUUCGUUAUUAUUGUUUAACUCAGUACACAAUUAAGCGUAUGUAUCACUAUUGAGAUAAUAAUAAAACGUCUUCGUCGGAACUCAUUUUCAUAAAUUAUUAAUUCGUUUUGUUGAAUAAAAAAAAAUAAUAAUAAUUAUGUAUCUUAGAUAAGACCCAUCUCUGAUGUGUACUUACAUAAUAUUAUAAUUGCUUUUCGUCAAAAUGUUCCGAUUUUUUUCGUCGGUCUCGUUUCGUAAUUUCCGUGAAAAUCUGGUGUGCGACGAUUUGUCGGGAUACUGGAAUAACGUCGUCGUAGCGAUCCGCUCUCGUACACGGUGAUGGCGGCGGUCUACUCUAUUAAUUCUUGAACGCGAACUCGCAACGCAUCGGCCCCGAUAUUAUUUUCGCCCGAUGAACAUCCGGACAAUCGUUUCACGUCGGUUUCGCGUAUCUUCCCGUCGAACGCACGAACGAUGGGAAGAAAUUUGACACGGCUAUAAGAGAUGCUGGAACUUCCGACCACUGCGAUUUCAACUGAUCUGAUGAGGAUAAUAAUAAUAUCAAUAUAGGACAGCAGGUACUAUAUGAUACGUGAGAGAUAUAUGACGUGUAAUAAUCAAUGCGCGAGACGUGUGCAGCAAAUCAACCUUAACGACGUAUUAUUACACCGAUACGAUAUGGGAAUAUUAUUAUGAAUAUAUUAUUAUCAAACGGUUCAUCUAGCGGGGUAAACAUUGUCCUCUCGAGUGUGCGUUCGUCUUCUCGCCAUCAUUUGUCUCGCGAGAGAGGGUCUCCGGCACGCUCGCCGCCUUUGUACUUCGCGUACCGUAGAGAUUCGGUGCCUCCGGCGAUUUUGCGUCUUUCCGUCUGGGCCGGCGGCUGCCCAUGUCGUAGUUUAGUUCUUUAUAAAUUAUAUAUAUAAAAUUCUUCUCCGCCUACGCAUAACCACACCACGUCAACCGCGUAUAACGGCUCCUGCAGGCACGUCGACGAAAUAACAACGCUGCAGGCGACGAGUGUAUAAAAACAGUCUGCGCUUUCUCGUUUUGAACUCGAAAAAACUAUUCCACGAAUGUCCCCGGAGGCCAUUGAAUAAUAAUUACGUUAUAAAAACACCUGUACGGUACAACGGUAUCUACCCGCCGUGCGUCCGUCCUCGUCGAAAAUGUCGUUUUUGUCGGUCGCAAAAAUGGCGGAGGUUGCGCGCGCGGAAAAGGCCGCGAUGACGACGACAAUCGUGAUCGUGAUGAUGAUGAGGAUGAUGAUAAUAAUACGCAGACCGCAAUAUUUUAAUUUUUAACCACUUCUGGUGUUGACGAACACUGUAAUACGAUCACGUUCACUCCCUAACUAUGUGAUAAUAUUGCAAUAAUAAUACGUACCGGCUACCGCGUAAGCCGCGAUGAUAAAUCCGAAAUCGCCAGACCUAUCAUCGCGAUAUCGACGUCGAACGAUGAAUAUUAAUAUAUAAUGUUUUUAAAAACUUAAAAUACAGAUAAUAUUUUUUAAUUAUUAUAUAACCACAAAUAUGCGCGGUCAUAUUGUUAUUGUUGUUUGAAUCGUCCAAAAGUCCACUCCGCCACCCGAAAGUGCUAUUACUCGUCUCUGCGCAUCUCCACCUUGUCAUAACGCAAGUCGGCCAUGACGUGCACGCAUUUUUCGACUUGGCAAAGAAACGAGACUACCACUCGACGAACCGAGAGAGAAAAAUUUUACGACCAUAAUAUGACUUUAAUAAAGUUUUACGGUUGUCUGUCAUCCACGACGUUAUUAUUAUUAUUAUUAUUAUUAUUAUUAUUACUAUUAUUAUUAUCAUAUUUUAAUGUACUUACCGUUUAACAUGAGACGAAAAUCCUAACAAUUACAUGACCUAUUGUAUAUUAUCCCGUCUUACAACAAGGCAUAUGGUAAAUAUUACAUACAGAAUAGUCCAUUACUCCAUUACAACGUUGAAAAUCUUAAUGUUUAAAUAAAUCAGUCUUCGUACACAAUUUGUUGACAGUAAGAACAUUAUCCUGUAAGGCAUCAUGUAAGUUCUUUUUUUUAAAUAAAAUUUAAAUUUUAAGCAAAUUAUGAGAUAACAUUUUAAAAUUGCUAAUUAAAAAAAAAAUGCUCAUAACUCGAAUCGAAAUUAAACUUAAAUCUAAGCUGGGCAAAGGAUAGCAGAGCUAUAAAUGGAUUAUUCUUAACAUAAGAUUUACCAUAAUACAUUGUGCGUUUAUAAGACACAACACAUACAGGUAUGACCAUGACAUUCCCUUGGAAAAAACGAAUCUAGAAAAUAAAUAAGAAAAUGUGCAUGCUCACACAAUUUCGUUUUUUAAUUUUAUUAUAAUAUUGUUAUUUAUUUUUUUUUUUUGCACUUUAAAAUAAGUUAGUAAUUACUAUAUUAGAGCACUGUGAGGAAAACAAUGUACUUUAAAUUAUUUAUUUAAAUAAUAUUAUUGGUUCUAGUAUUUAUCAUUAAUAAUUAAUAUACUCAU